GUGUGUGUAUUAUACUAGCUGUAGUAAGUGCCACUCUAAGCCAAUGCAUUUGAACGAGUAUGACAUGGUUAGUUCAUGCAUAUACAUACAUAUAUACAAACACCCCCCGUAACGCCCUCCACUGCCAUGCUUGUCUCAAUUAAUUGGCUGUUGGCGAUUUUUCGUUGUGCGCUGCGCCACACCAAUCGCUAUAGCAACCAACGUGUUGUCUCCAAAUAGGCAGUAACCACUUUACAAUACACAUGAAUGUAUGUAUGUACAUUCGUACACUCAUAUAGGCAUGUAGAUAUGUAAAUGCAAGCAUUGCUUAAAGCAGUCUUUGCUAAAUAUGCCACUAACCAGGUGUUGGCGAACGUUGCGCUUAAGUAAUGUGGUGACGGUCAGUGACUAAGUUCGCCGGAAAGUCAAUGCUCAAGUGUGGUAAUGAAAUUGUGAAAUGUGAUUUUGAAAAAAAAAGAAAAAUAAAAAAAACAAAAGUAAAAUUAAAAACAAAACUAGAAAAGAAAAACAAAUACAUAAGUGCAUAUGCAUAUAUGUCUGUAUGUAUGCAUGCACAUAACACAUAUUUUUAAUAGUACGCAGCGGCGGCGGCAGCAAGUAAGCAUUACAACUACAAUAAGAGAAAGUUAUGUCCAAAGCAACUAAUGCUGGCAACAGCAGAUCAGCAGAAGAACGUGACCGCCUGACAGAUGGCGAAAAAUCACGCUUUUCCUAUAGAUACAGGCCUUUUUCUAGUCUUCCACGUCGUUUCGCGUCCGCGAAGAACUGCACAGAGGCUGAUGAAGAACGCUUGACUAAUUUGAGAAAUGAGCGAAUCAAACUAAGAGAGUCCUCAGCUAAAAGUCUGUCUCGGUUGAAUACGCUUAACUAUGAUAAUGUAGCAGUAGAUUUAGAUGAGAAUACUUUAAGCAGCACACAAAAUGGCUUUCGAAGUAGUGGUUUAGAUAUUUAUCCUGAAAUAAGUAAGAGUUCGGAUGCCAUCUCAAUGGAGAUGGAGCAGUUGGCCGAUAUUAAGCGAGAAGAUAUUUUUCCGAAAGAAAAAUCUUCGGCUAAUUUAUCGUGGGAUAGCUGCGAUGACCGAGAGUCCAUGAAUUCCUCGGAUACGAGCGAAUAUUCUAAUGACGAUGCGACACGAGUGCUCAAUGAGCUGGACACAAUCUUGGACAUACACGGUGCUGCACAGUUAACAACAAUUAAUUCACUAGAAACUAAAGUUGAAGACUGUUUAUUGGAUUUAGAUAAUUACUUAGAAGAGAUGGAUGAUUAUAGUUUUAGUAAUAAUGAUGAAGAAGAUAAAAGUUCGUUAGAGUUAGAACGUUCGCCAAGUCCCAAACAUUUACCUACACGACAACGCAAUCGGUCGCUGCCAAUGAGUCGUAAGAAGAGUACACAACUCCUCACAGAGCGGGAGUUUUCCGUGGAGGCGAACGCUAACACGGAAAGAAUUGAACGCGGCCAACCAAUGAGACGCACAAUUACACAUCCGAAAGAGAAGAAGUAUGAGGAUCUUAUGGAGCACUUGGAACGUACGCCGUUCGAAAUCGCGCGCCUACCAAGCGAAGAAGCAUUUGCUGAAUUAUUCAUUACAGAAGAAAAUAUUGAUAAUCCAUGUUUGGAAACACCAGAUCCGCCUCCUUGGACGGAGACAACGACUGCCGCGCCCCAACAAUCCACAGCUGACAAUCAACGCUUAGAGGAUGCGCUUCGCUCUGAAGAGGCAUGCACUGAUUCUAUGGAACAUCACAGUAUUAACCCACAAAGUGACGAGUCAACAACGGCAACAGCAACAACAAUAGCAGAGCCGUUACGCCCCGAGCUCAGACGUUGCUACUCUCAAAAUCGUCUUAGCACCACUAGCACAAAUAGUCGCAGUGAAAUGCUAACGCAGGAGGAUAUUUUUAAUAAUUUAUUGUCACAAAACGAUAAUAAUAGCAGUACUUUGGUGAAUAGACCACGUCAGUUUGGGAGGCGCGCUGCUGGUCAACCUGCUGUGCUAUCUAUGAGGCCUGAUAUACUGGAGGGCUUCGGCAUGAUUAAUCACAAUCAACGUCCGCAGAGCGCGCCUGCAAUUACGGCAGCGACGCGUCAAACGCGUAAUGCUGCACACGUGACUGAGGAACGUCAUUCGAAUUUAUCUGAUUUGAGUUCCGCUCAUACCUCACGUAAUUCCAGUCCCAUCACAAUCGUUUCCAGCACUGACUCUGCCUCGACCUCGGCUUCGACCAAUGGCCACACCGCCGCUAUGACGCUCGUCACAAAUGGUCACUAUGAUCACAGAAACUCGGAUCACAUUAAUGCUACAAAUGCAAGCUCACAAGAUAGCGAAAACGAGUGGCCACAUUCGGGCAGUCGUUCGAUGGCACUCGUCUGUUGCACGGUUGGUCUUUUCAAUAUGUCACGCUUCGCAGUGUUGACUAUAGAAUAUGGCGGAAAUUUUGUGUUGCAAUUCUUUUUGCUCUCCAUACUUUUUGGUAUACCGCUUUUCUUGCUGCACGUGUGCUUAGGUUCCAGAAUUAAGGCGGGUCCGGUAUCAAUGUGGAAGAUCAGCCCGAUUUGUCGAGGCAUUGGCAUUGCCUUGACUUUGGUGCAAUGCUUCAUUGCGAUUUAUUCGACAGUGGCAAUAGCUUGGGUGCUAAUCUAUCUGCGAGACACGAUACCCAAUAAAGGGCAAACAGGUUAUUUGUGGCAGGAUAUGACUCAUUUUUAUAGGCGGGGUACAAAUGCCACUACUAACUUAACGGAGAGUAUCGCAGAUUAUUUUAAUGUUGUAGUUCUACAAAGAUUACAUCUUCUUAAGUCUCCGGAGGGAGGGAAUAUACGUUUCCGAGUGAGUAAUCGGUUGGCCUUCAACUUCGGCAUUAUAUGGGCCGUGGUCUUCUUAAUUCUAUCCAAAGGACUCAAAUCAUUCGGCAAAGCUGCGCUUGUGCUGACCGCUUUGCCGCUAAUGGCUUUGGCUGCGGUGAUUUGUAAGUUGCUCUAUGUCGUAGAUCCAGCAAAAUUACAGAGCAUCUUCACCACCACGGAUUUUAAUGACUUCUUCGAAAACUCCAAAAUGUGGGUAGCUGCAGCACAGGAGGUGUUCCUAACCUGGGGUCUACUCGGCUCCUCUGUAAUCUCCAUCACUAGCUGUACCCAUGUGACCGGGCGUAGUGAAAUAUCGUUACGGCGCGAUGCCAUCUUUGCCAUAUUGAUAACACUUUUCAGUGUUUGUGUUGCGGCUCUACUGGGUACGCUAUGUGUGCAGAUUUUGAAUCAACAUUCCUACAUCUAUGUACCGGGUUCGUUUGAAACACUUGAAUCUUCCAAGUCCAUUUUCUCACCGGAUUCAAUAACCAAUCUGAAUAUUAUCUCGAUACCCACCAAAUGGAUGCCCCACUAUUCCAGUUUUAUUGGUGAAAGCUAUAGGCGGCAGCUGACACAUCAAGAGAGUGGCUAUCAAGCACUGCGUUUCAUCAGCGAAAUUUUUCCAGCCACGUUGGUAGUCUCGCGUGCCACUGUCUCUUGGGUUUGGGGUGCGCUAACUUUUGGGGCCCUAGUGAUAUUGGGUAUAUCACAAUUGUGCGCUAUGUGGAAGCCCAUCGCUAGCGCAAUGGAUAACUCCGUUAGCGCUGUGCUACUAAGUUGUGUAACUGCUCUCUUAUUGGGUGUGCCAUUCACCACCGAAGUCGCCAUAUCCAUUCUGUAUUACAUGGACUUGGUGUUAGGCGGCUCAUGGUUUGUGGCAAUUCUAUGGACUGCUCAGAUAUUUGGUGUAUUCCUGAUACGAGGGCGCCCCUAUAACGGCGAUGAUUUGGUGAACAACUUGAAGUUUUCGAACUCGAUAUCGGCAUUCACGGCAUUAGCAUGGAAUGUUUUACUUCCAAUCGGUUUGAUAACAUUAUCGGUGGUCAGCUACAAGACAUCAUUUUCCAAUCAGUUCUAUUACUGGCGUGGCAAGUCGUAUUUUACGUAUUGGGCUAGAAAAGUGGCACCUGCAGUGCAAAUUGGAAUUUUGCUUCUCAUACCGGUCACAGCGAUUGUGCAAAUUUAUCGAUAUUUAACAAAUGGGCCGCCGGAUAUACUGGAUCGCAUCCAACUUCUCUAUCGGCCUGGUGACAGCUUACGCGAAAUUCGCAACAGUUCCUCUAGCGAUCGCAGUAGAACGGAAUUCGGUCGUGUUAGCGGCAAUGGUGCCGUGGGAAAUUUAGAACUUAACUCAUAUCAGGCACACGAUGAUGCACCACCAAAAUAUACGCCACCACCAUCCUACACCACAGCAACAGGCGCGCGUUUCGCCAAAAUCUUGCGCCAGAGCAUCAGACGUAGUGUUAGACGUGUACUUGGUGAUCGCAGUCGUGCACGCCCCAUUCUCACUAUCGACUCCGAGAGCAACCAACCCACUACAUCAUUGCAUUCGCAUGCAGCUGACAGUCCACAUUACACAAGUGCCGACAUACCCAUUGCAAACGCCGCCCUCGCAACGGAUCAACCGUACAAUUUCCCCUCCAGCUCAGGCGAGCAGCUGCAGCGUUCACUGUCGUUGGGACGCAAGUUGACAACAAAGCAACAGCAUCAGCAACGUAACACAAUCGGCGGUGGUCGCGGUCAGCGUUCAUCAACUGCAGAUGGUGUUCAUCGAAAUUUGCGCGCACCUUACACCGCUGACGAUGUGGUCACUGUACUACGUUCGACCAGUGCUGCAACGGCACAAAUACGCCCCGAAACAGUGGCGGUGGUGUCGCCCGACUCAACGCCCGAAUUGUGUGAACUUUCAUCCAACAACUAUUCAUCUUUCUGUUCGAUUGAGAAUUUGGUGACGAAUGCUGCCCCGAUGGCGCGUAGUGCGGCGUUUACAGCAACAACUACAACGACGACAGCACGCGACGAUGAAGCCAACGAAAGCGGAAGUAAUACAUCUGUGAUUUAAAACAAUAGAGAAACCCUAACUAUGUAUGCAUCUACCUACAUAUACUUGUAUAUGUAUAUGGAUGUGUACGAAUAUUGUGUAAAUAGAUAUCUUUUAAAUGCGUAUGAGUGUAAUAAUUAUGAUAAAUAAUAAUAAUAAUAAAAAGUACUAACUGAUUUAACAUAUGAA